AUGUCUGUGAGGUAAUGCAGGACAGUCUGGCCAGAGGAGCUGGAGCGCUGGGUGCUGUUUGUGCAGAGAUGCUGAGGCCGGAGAGAGCACUAACAGGCUCCCUGGCACAGGCCCGUCCCAAAACCAAGCCUCACCUCCCGUACAUAAGACCCGCCCCGACGUAAAGGUGCAGACCUUGCUGCUGCAGAAAAUGGCUGUGUGUGUGUGUGUGUGUAUGGACUCAGCAGUCUGUGUUUGUCUGUGUGUGUAUGGACUCAGCAGUGUGUGUGUGUGGACUCAGCAGUCUUUGUCUGUCUGUGUGUGUAUGGACUCAGCAGUGUGUGUGUGUGUAUAUGGACUCAGCAGUGUGUAUGGACUCAGCAGUCUGUGUCUGUGUCUGUGUGUGUAUGGACUCAGCAGUCUGUGUGUGUGUGUGUGUGUGUGUGUGUGUGUGGACUCAGCAGUCUGUGUCUAUGUGUGUGGACCCAGCAGUCUGUGUGUGUGGACUCAGUAGUCUGUGUGUGUGUGUGUGUCUGUGUGUAUGGACUCAGCAGUCUGUGUGUGUGUGCGUCUGUGUGUAUGGACUCAGCAGUCUGUGUCUGUAUGGACUCAGCAGUCUGUGUGUGUGUAUGGACUCCGCAAUCUGUGUGUGUAUGGACUUAGCAGUCUGUGUUUGUGUGUCUGUGUGUAUAGACUCAGCAGUCUGUGUGUGUGUGUGUGUGUAUGGACUCAGCAGUCUGUGUGUGUGUGUAUGGACUCAGCAGUCUGUGUGUGUGUGUGUAUGGACUCAGUAGUCUGUGUGUCUGUAUGGACUCAGCAGUCUGUGUGUGUGUCUAUGUGUGUGAAUGGACUCAGCAGUCUAUCAAUAAUUAAAAUUCCUGUGAGUUAUUGUGGAGGAAGGGCCCCAGUGCAUUGCUUCUCCCGGGGGCCCUUAACUCUGUUAAAAUGGUACUGCUUGUGUCUGUCAGUGAACUUCUAUUUAGUGAGCAUGUGUGUGUCAGUGAGCUUGUCUUUAGUGAGCUUGUGUGUAUCCCUGAACUUCUUUGUAGUGAGCCUUCUAUUUAUACAAGUGAGUUUGUCUGUAGUAAGCUUGUGUGUGAGUCAGAGAGUUUUGUCUGUCAGUAAGCCUAUUUGCUCAUGCCAGUGACCUUGUGUGCUUACUGUAAUAUAUAUAUAUUGACUUGUAGGGAUGGCAUAACAUUUUUUUCUAGGGAUGCUUUGGAUUCCCAGGGAUUCCCAGUUUGGCUCAGCCAGCGAGUGCACUUUACCGCUGAAUCAUCUGUGUGAGCUGCCGCACAGUUUAGCCCUGUUACACCCGUCUGGGAGCUGCUGUUGACAGGAACUAGUAGUUUAGAGAUUGGGACAUGGGGUAUAUGCUCAGCUAUCUGUAUAAUACAGGCCUAUGUCUGUAUAAUAUCCCGGGACAGUCAGUGCUCCCUGUAUAGUGCUGCCCUCUGUCUUGGGAUAUUAUACACAAACAGGCCUGUAUUAUACAGAGAGCAGCACUAUACAGGGAGCACUGACUGUCCCAAUUUAUUAUACACACAACCCUGUAUUAUACAGAGAGCACUGACUGUCCAGGGAUAUUAUACCCAGACAGUAAUUGAUAGCUGUGCUGCAAAAUGUCCUUGGAAUUGUUUUUCAAAUGUUGGCAAAUAUGGCACUGUAUCAAGGGUAAUGUGUUUGUUUUUUAAUAAUCCCUGGUGGAAAAUAAUGAAUCCUCCACCAGGGAUUAUUAAAAAAACAAAACACAUUGUGUCGGGGCUUAACAUGUGGAAGGGCGGGGUCAAACUACAGCGAGGGCGGGGUUAAAUGUGCCCCCCUACUUUUGUCCCUGGCCCUCCAUGUGCCCCCCCGAAAAAUGAAUCCUAGAGACGCCACUGCAGGUGGAGAGCACACAGCACAGUGCUUCCUCCUCAAGCCAGUCACUGAAUGCAGCAGACUGCAGUAGAGGACUGGGUAGAGGAUACAGAAGCUUCACUACCGUGAUCCGUUCAAAUAAGGAGGUAAGCUGGCACUGCAGAAGGAAAGAGGGGGAAGAGAUGCACAAAGAGACUGGGGAAGGGGACAAAAGAACCACAAGGGAAGGGGGGGGAGGAGAAAGACACACAAAGGGGUUGGGGAAAGAUCGAUACACAUAAGGACUGGGGAACUGGGAAAAAAAGAAACAUGGGAUGGGGAGAAAGACACAAAAGGAGCUGGGUAAGAGACACACAAAAGAGGCUAGGGAAGAGACACAGAAGGGGCUGGGGAUAGGGAUUAAGGGAUACAUAGGUAAAGAUGCUUUUUUUGGGGGGGGGGGGCUGCAUGGCAAAAUGCAUUUUCGCCUGUGUAGCCAAAUAUCCUUGCACCAGCUCUGGCCUUAAGUGAUGUAUAAUGCUUAACGCUGAUGGGCUGAAAGAAGAAACUCAAGUAACAGAGUUCUUCACUAAACACUAGAUUAUGUGAAAAUUGAUGAUUCCUGACCAGAAUUAAUUGUUAUAUUUGCUGAAGCCAAUCCAUCGGCAGAAUGCAUUUGGCCUCUGGUUUAAAAUCAAAAUGUUUCACAUCUAAACCCUACACAAAGUAAAGAAUUCAGAAUAUGCACUAAGCACUACCUUUUACUGAAGGUACAUAAGAAGUGCAGGGCUGUACUUGUUAUGUUAAUGGGACACUAUAGUCACCAGAACAACUACAACUUAUUGCAUUUGUUCUGGUGAGUAGACUAAUUCCCUUCAGGCUUUUUGCUGUAAACACUGUCUUUUCAGAGAAAAUGCAGUGUUUACUUUACAGCAUAGUAAUAACUCCACUGGCCACUCCUCAGAUAGCUGCUAGAGGUGCUUCCUCGGCCAGUGCUGCACAGUUAGCAGCACUGCCAUUCAGUGUCUCCACUCUCUGCAUGCAGACACUGAACUUUUCUCAUAGAGAUACAUUGAUGCAAUUCAUCUAUAUGAGGUGAUGCUGAUUGGCCAGAGCUGUGUUUGACUUGUGCUGGCUCUGCCCCUUAUCUCCCUCAUUGACAGACUCAGCCAAUCCUAUGGGGAAGCAUUGUGAUUGGCUCAGACCACCACUUCUGAUGAUGUCAGCAGACAGCAGGCAGGUCAGUGGCAGACAGGGGCAAAGCCAGCAGCUGUAGACUUGUAUACAAGUAAGAUUUUACUAUAAUUAGGGAGGCAAUAGGGUGUCAGGGGGACAACAUGGUGGGAUUAACACUAAAGGGUCAGGAAUACAUUCACUCUUAGAAGUGCUCCUCUAAGUGCAGUUUGUAUUUUUUGCCUAUAGGUGGCACUGGUGGCCCAGGAGCCAGUGUUGUUUUCUGGAUCAGUGAAAGAUAAUAUUGGUUAUGGACUAAAGGACAUCCCUGAGCAGCAGCUGGAAGAAGCAGCAAGACAAGCGAAUGCAGAAACCUUUAUCCUGGGAAUGGAGAAAGGCUACGAUACAGGUGAGAGAAGGGAGAGGUCUGGGGUAUACAUUAAAAAAAAAAAAGUUUACCAGCCAUAGAUGAGAAAUGCUGGAGGUGUGGAGAGGAAGUGGGCACCCUUCUUCAUCUAUGGUGGGAUUGCUCAAAGACAAAGAUCUACAAUAUAAUCCGAAAAUUCUCGGAUUACCCGCCCCCAUUUUGACCAGCACCAAUCCUCCUACAUCAUACUAAAACUCGCACAUCCACAUACAAAAACUCACUGACAAUACGAAUUCUGAAUGUCGCCAAAGGGCUGGUGCCCUUGUUUUGGAAGAAAGAGACAGCUCCACCAAUGGAACUGUGGUUCCAACAAAUGCAAGAGCUUCGCUCCAUGGAAGAUCUGAUAUUUCGUAGUGGCUUACCUGAACAUUUGGACUCAGUGGCUUCUGUCAACAGACUCUGUUGCAAUAAAAGUUUAGGACGCUGUUGCAAUAAAACACGUACAACACCACCUGUAGGAACGAGAUGUGCUAGACUGGACACUACAGAACUGAGAGAAGGAACUUGACGGGAUGAGCGACUCACGGGGGGAGGGGAAGAGGGAUGCAGAGAAUUGACUGAUAGGGUACCCAGAGACACACUAAUAUGAAGUAGACUAAUUUACAAAACUGGAAAAACUGGGCUCCUUCAAACCCAUCUGUCCAUUAAUUAAUUUAUUUACUUGUUUUUUCCUCCCGCCCUUUCACUUCUUUAAUUUACUCGUCACUUCCUCGGACCAUGCAGAGAUGCCUUUUUUCUUUUAGUUAGAUAGGUAUUGGUAGCAGCCAUUAGUGACUGAAACAGUGCCCCUUUAUCAGGCUGACACCAUAUGGACAAUUGUCCGAUAGACCACCUGUGCAGAAACCCGACACAAGCUCUGUUACUAAGGCACUGUACUUUGGAAACCAUACAGUAAUUAUCGUAUUCCUCUGCCAAGUACAUGACAUGUCUGUAACCAAUUUCAUAAAUAUUGUGACCUGCAUGUCCCCCAUGUUGUUAAAACGAUGUAGAUACAAAAUACCAGUGAGUAUUAUAAAUAGUAUCUGAUACUCUAACACUUAUGUGGGUCACCUUAGCCCACCCCAACAAAUACAAAAUCAAAAUAUACACAAGGUGGAGUAUCUUACAUGCAGUAUGAGAAAACUUCUUCAUACUGCAUGUAAGAUACUCCACCUUGUGUAUAUUUGGAUUUUGUGUCCAACAUGUUGCCUAGAUGUUUAUGGAACCUGCAAGUUCCAGUUUCACAUUCAACUGAUACAGAUACAGACCUGCAUGGCAAGAGGUUUACGUAGAAAGAUGUUAGAUAAAGUGGAUAGUGUUCUUGUAAAGAAGAAUGUCUCGAAUGACACCGCAGGGACAGUAACAGGGACAUGGUCUCUUGUGAUUUCAUUAAAGAUUAAUGGGACACUGAAUCCAAACUGUCCACAUCAGUGAAACAAAAGAGAAAAUGCAAGAUAGGGAAUCAAACUUAAAAUGCAGAAAAAGAGCAAACUAUAUGAGGAAUACACACUGUAUUCUUUUCAAGACAUAUGUCAUCUAAAAACUUAUUGAAAUACAUGUGUUAAACUCUAAUGCUUCCAAAGAGUACGUUCCUAACAAACUAUUGCGAAAAUUAACAAAAAAAUAUUUAAUAAACCUUAAACUCAUACUAAACAUGUAGUGCCUCAUUAAUACAUUAAUCUUUUCAGUGCUGCAUCACAGAGAGUGACAGAAACUGAGGUUAUUGCAUGACAAUGGUCAUUAGAAUGCAAAAUGUAGUGAGUGGCUGGCAGACUUACAUAUGAGCUCAAAAUGCAGAACUUACCCAUCUAUGGGUUAAGAAAAUGCAAGAUAAAAGCAUAUUACUAGACCUUAGAGUGGGUGUGCUUAAUGUGGCACCUAUAGUGAUGAGAGACAUACCUGGUAUCAGGUAAAGAUUAGGCAGGAAAGAGCGGAGGUCUAGCUAUAUGAAAGAUCAACAUAGCAAAGGCCAAGUGUACCAGGAAAUGGAAUAAUCAUAAUACAAACCCAAGCAAAUUCCAAAAUACACUCCAAAACACAAAUCACACUCUUGGGUAACUGAAGUCAUGAUAGGGCACAGGAGAGCCUGACUAUCUGGUGUAUAUAGUCAUGGUAAUAAUAUAAUUGGUUGGCACAAAGCCUGACAAAGACCCUCCUGGGUCAAAACAUUGCUAUUGUUUUGCUCUAAAUAAAACUGCUAUUUUGGCUUUUAUCCUUGAGUGCCUGGAUCAAUAUUUAUUUUCUAUAUCUAAAUAUAAGCAGUAUUUGUAUCACACUUUGCUAAUGUAGCAUGUUGUAUUUUCAGAUGUGGGUGAGAAUGGAUCACAGUUAGGAGCAGGGCAGAAGCAACGCUUGGCAAUCGCUCGGGCCCUUGCAAGGAGACCGCAACUAUUGAUACUUGAUGAAGCAUCAAGUAGUCUGGAUCCAGAGACGGAACAUGAGGUACCUGACUCUUCUGUCUAUCUGAUUGCUUUGACAAUGUGCCCAGAACUUGGACAGUGUAUCACAACACGGACUGAAGACCAAAAACAUGGACAGUGUAGCCAUAACUAAAACAGUACACCUGUAAGGAUGACAUUGUAUAUAAGUGGGAUUAUAACUUUUUCUUGCCUCAUAAAAUUCUACUUUGACAUUUUACCAAUAUGUACAUGCCCAUCUUACAACCCAUACACAAAAACAUCAGCUCAAGCUUAUUUAUCAGAACGUUAUAUAAAUGAAGGAAUGUGAAUAUUUUACUUUAGUGCAGAAUGAAUCAGUACUAAAAACAAAAGGGGUGGUCUAGAAAUCACCCACCUACUAGACCUUAAACCUAGAGCUUCUACGGGUGAUCAUCUUUUAUGCUCAUUCUGACCCUAUAUUCCCUCAUAUAGCACUAUGAAUAAUAAUUAAGUUAUUCUGAGAAGGUGAAGGUUUGUUUAUGAUUUCCCAAAUCCUGACGUGGCUUAUUUAAUGUUGUCAUUGUCUUACAGAUUCAGAAGUCUCUGCAAGAGAUUGAGGGUCUCUCCCUGCUGAUAAUUGCUCACCGGCUGCGUACUGUAGAGAAGGCUGAUCAGAUACUGGUUCUAGAUGGAGGGCGUCUAGUAGAGUGUGGAACCCACAAAGACCUUGUAGAGAGGAAGGGUGUAUAUCACAGUCUCCUGAAUGGACAUGUUCUGCAGAAUGGGGAAUGA